AUGAUUCAACCUCAAACUUAUUUAAAUGUAGCUGAUAAUAGUGGAGCGCGCAAAUUAAUGUGUAUACAAAUUUUAGGCGCAAGUAAUCGUAAAUAUGCACAUAUUGGUGAUAUUAUUAUUGCCGUAGUUAAAGAAGCAAUACCAAAUAUGCCAUUAAAAAAAUCAGAAGUAGUUCGAGCAGUUGUUGUACGAACUUGUAAAGAACUUAAACGUAAAAACGGAACUAUUAUACAAUUUGAUGAUAAUGCUGCAGUUAUUAUUAAUCAAGAAGGAAAUCCUAAAGGAACUCGAGUUUUUGGCCCUGUUGCACGAGAAUUACGUGAAUCUAAUUUUACUAAAAUAGUUUCGUUAGCACCUGAAGUAUUAUAA